UUCACAUUAAACAUCUCUAGUCCGAUCCGAACUGAGCGUUUACUCGCUCGUGUACCACACAAUCGAGGUGUGUGUUUAAUUAUUUUUUUUCUAGUCAACUACUACUGAUUCGAAGUUCUUAGUGUCAAGGUGAUUUAUAUGUUAGGCGUUACAGACUCUUUUAAAUUUAAGAAAUGUGUGUUUUUAAAUUAAACAGUUUUACGAUCGCGUGUUUGUUAUUUGUCACACUGAACGCACAAAAUUAUACGAAUACAGACUUGUUUGGAUUCCCCGAAGUUGAGGAAGUUGAGCACUCAAAAAACAAAGAGAAUCGGCAACCGGUAUUCCUGCCGACUGUAUGUCCAGACAACGAGUUGUACUACCCAGGAGACCAAAAAGAUGAUUGGAUAUGUGAUUGUAGACCAGGAUACAUCUAUCAUCCCACAUCGGACAGGUGCUGGCCAGCUUUUCAGAGAGGACCAUGUCCGACAGAACAGUACCUGAUAUUACCUGAGAAUUCCGUGAUACCAGUUUGUCGGCCAAAUCCCUGCAGAGUCGACCGUUACGUAGAGUGGAAUGGAAGAUGCGAGCUUCUAGGGACCACGAGGCCCUGUGAUAAUAUGUUCCCUGUGCCGGCAGCUCUAGGGGUGAAUGCUACCACAUUAGUCGUCAAUUGUGAGAAAUUAAACAUAGAGCUUAGAUUUGGCAAUGUUGUGCCCGUGUCUUCUAUAGCUAAAUGUUUACCCGGUUGCAAAAGAAGUGUAAACAGAAAGUGUACCGCCUAAUAAAUCUGGACAUUCUGUAA